AUGCGUACCCGGGGAAAACAUGAUACCCCCAGGUUGGCGCGAUAUACCCUGAGAUCGCGUGCCUCUCAGCCCACGUCGCUCCCUGUGGCAGCCUCAGCCCCAGACCCGCUGCCUAUCGUCCCUGGAAACGCAUCCGUAUCAAUUCCACAGGAUGCAGGUCCUCAGACAGCUACCACUCUUCUCGAAGAUGACUGUUUCAGGCUGUCAGGGUAUGUUUUCAGGCUUCGAAAGGCGAUGGACACCCUCAAGAGCCGAACACCCCUUCAAGAGGGCUCAAUCGCUAGCGACAUCAACGAAAACUUGAUUGAACUGUGCCAAUUCCUCGAGCUAAAGGGAGUGAUUAAGAUCACGUCUCUCCCCGAAAAAACUGAUCACCGGUUGCCCACUUCUCACGCGCGUCAGUCAGCGUCUGUAGCGCGGCAGCGCGGCCAGUCAGCACCGGACUCUGUUGAGACCAAGGAUGUGGCCCCGACAAAAAGAUAUACUACACAAGGAACUCAGACAACCGGAAUUUCUUCUGAGGAAUUUCUCAGUGCCAAAGUCUUCAUCCUCCUCGGGGAUUCACGCAAGUUGCUCACGAAGUGGGGAGGCAGUCUGUCAGGCAGGGAUAUAGAGAGGGUCGAUGCCAUUGCCGUCGGUCCCAGCACUCUUGCGAUCGAACCCGUCAAAGCCAAGCCUGUGAACGACGCUCCAUCAAAGUCUACGCGCGGAGCCAUCGUUGUCAGCGACGAGAUCAGAGUGCGGAUCAACAUAUGUCUUGAGAAAUAUCAAGCACUCGUUCGUAUACUUACCUGUUUUCUGGUCGUAGAGGAGGACAAGCGCACUCUUGCAGAGUUCAAAGCUCGAAUUUGCCAAUGGACAUGGGACCGCAUCUCGAACAUCACUCUUCGAGAGACUCACUAUGAGUGCACCGUCGAUGCGCUCGCAUGCUCGUUGUUCUCAGGGUCCCUCCCUCCUGGUGCGUCCAUAAGGAUUGGUCCGCAGCAGAAGGCUCGCUUCCUGGCUCCCCCAGGAACGGAGCGCAUCUCUACGGACUCGCUGCGCCGCGAAGUCAACCCUACCGGAAUGCCCGAGACGGUGCUCAUCACUGUCGAGAGUAAGCUGAAUGGGAACCCACUGGAACAGGUAGAACAUUACGGAGACAUCUUCGAGGACCAAGGCGGCAUGAUCGGCAUCGGCCUGCGACUCGGGCCCGGACUCGAUGACAAGGGAGUGAUGGCCAUGCCGUAG